AUGAAAGUUCACCCAACACCCAAUAGGCGAAACAUCACCGUGCGAUACGAUUUCGCCUCUCAAUCCAACGCCGCCGACGUUAUUUGCCGGCAAAAGAAGCUCCGGCGACUCCCUCAUAUCUUCGCCAAAGUCCUGGAGCUCCCUUUUUACUCCGACGCCGACGUCUCCAUCCAAGAAACAUCUGAUUCGCUCAAAUUUGUCGUCGAUACAGACGACGACAUCGGCACCGAUAUUGCUGCUCACACGAUCGAGAUCUACCCCGGCGUUACUAAAAUCGUUGUAGGGGGGAGGCGAGUGGUUAAUAGUUGCGCAAAUCCGGUUAAUGAGCUUGCGCUUGACGUGUGGCGGUUCCGGCUUCCGGCGUCUACGCAGCCGGAGCUUGCGACUGCAUCGUUUACCGACGGAGAGCUUGUAGUUGUUGUGCCGAAAGAUGUUAAUUUGGAUGGAAAUCAGGGAGAUCUUUGGGAUGAAGGUAACGAAACAGGGCAAUUUGUUCUUGUACAGUAA